GUAAGUCUUGUCCAUGUUAUAAAAUCUUGCCCCUGCGCAUUUAGGGGUACAUAUCAUACGGAUUUCAAAACGAUGAAGUUUACUGUGGGAAUCUUGUUGGUAGUGGUUAUUGUUGUUAGCGGAAAUGUGGUACAGGAUCCUUUAAUAGUUAAUUUCAGAACACAAGAAGCGACGGAAAGAAGUGAAGUAUGCAUGGAUGAACUUGGCUGUUUUGACAGAGGGUAUCCAUUCGAUUCUCCUCGCCUCCAAAGGUUCAUUAGUACUGAGCCAGAAUCGAGGGAAAAAAUUGGCACUGAAUUCAGAUUUUACAGCCCAACCAAUGAUAUGACUCCACAGUAUGUAACAAAUCUGAACUUUUCUUCUUGGACUAUAAACGACAGCGGUUUUAACAAUACUGCGAACACAUUCUUCAUCAUACACGAUUUUCGAGACGGAAAUGCAAUGUGGUCAGAGGUAUUAAGAACUGUUAUAUUGGAUAAGCAGAAAAGUAAUGUUUUCGUUGUUGACUGGUCAAACGGUGCUGGACCUCGGUACGAACAGGCUGUUGCUAACAUAAGAGUGGUGGGAGCUGAAAUCGGGCUUUUCAUCCAAAAUCUGAAGAAUUCAACGAAACUCAAUCCUCUCGACACUGUACAUAUUAUUGGUCAUGGACUUGGUGCCCAUGCAGCGGGAUACGCAGGCAAAUGGCUUCAAAAGAAAGCAAAAACUUUGGUUUCUCGAAUCACAGGUCUGGAUCCUUCAGGCCCCUUUUUCAAAGGUGUCGAACCAGCUGUAAGGUUAGACAAAGAUGAUGCCACUUUCGUCGAUGUCAUCCAUACCAACAAGCCGAGGAAUUCCAUAACAGGUAAAAUUUAA